AUGGCAUCAGUCGUCUUCGAGCUUCCAGAUGAGACGUCUCUGGCCCCCCUGAUUCGCCGGUUUCCAGGCAGGGACUGUCAGAUACGCGCACUUGCCGCCUUACUUUACACGGAUGCCGCUCCCGGUCGGAAUCUCAUCAUACACGGGUCGGAAGCAACGGGAAAGUCCAGCAUCACGAGGCAGCUUCUAGCACAGCUGUCAGAAAACAUUGGAACAGCGAAUGGUCGGGCUGCUGGUCUCGUCCACGCAACGGUCAACGUCGCUCGAUGUAUAUCCGGGCGCCACCUCUUUGAGAGCAUCAUUGCCGCGGUGGCCGAUGCCUUGAGGGCACGGGAAGACCUCGGAGAUGGCGACAUGCCAUCCCAACGCUGUGAGACGUUGGCGCAGCUUGCUGCAUCGCUGAACUCGAUAUUCGACGAUCCUCGGUUGAAGAAUGCAUUGACCCAUUUUGUCUUGGUGUUGGAUGGGAUGGACAGGCAAAGAGAUUCCCCGCCAACACUGAUGCCAGCCUUGGCCAGGCUGUGUGAAACUGUGAGCAUGAUUGAGACCCCGUUCUGUCUCAUUCCGUGCCUCACCUGUGUUUUUAUCGUCACCACACCACCAGCAGGCUUUCUUCGAGCUUGUCCAACUUCGCAUCUGUACUUUCCGCCCUACACCAAACCCGAGCUGAUUCAAAUACUUUCAUUGGAACCUCCGCCCCCCCUCCCAACAAGAGACUCGGGAACUGGGGAGGAAUUGCAGGAUAGGGCCGCAGAUUCGGAAGAUGUGGCAAAGCUGUGGCCCAGAUUCUGCGCAGCGGUCCAUGAUUCUCUCACACAAGCGGCUGGGCGGUCGCUGCCUGCUUUCAGGAACAGCUGCUACACUCUAUGGCCCCGUUUUGUAUCGCCCAUUGUUGCGGGAACUCUUACACCCCAGCAGUUCUCUAAGCUUCUCAUCGCCGCGAGGCCUUUCUUCCAAGAUGAGGCGUUACUCAAUCCUAAGCUUGUGUCGCCUCGUGAAUCAGGCUCCGAGACAACCAUCGACAAAAGCCGACAGUCUGCCACUGGACUGACAUCACAUCAUUCGUAUCCCCUGACGGGAUUGACCGGCUUGCUACCGACCACCGCUAAAAUCCUUCUACUGUCAUCAUAUCUCGCAUCUCACAACACUGUCCGGCACGAUCUGGGCUUGUUCUCAACUUCUUACAGUGGUCGCAAGCGUCGACGUCCCGGCCCUAACGCAAAUCGAGCCAACAAUCGCAAUAAACAGCGUAAGAUUGCCCGUAAACUGCUCGGGGCGCAUGCAUUCCUAUUGGAACGCCUGUUGGCGAUCUUCGAGGCUGUUAGAACGGAAUGGGCCGACUUAGCAGGCCCCUUAUCCGGGCUCGACGGCGACAUUGGCAUGGCUUUGGCCACCUUAUCAAGUCUCAAGCUUCUUAUACGAAUCGGAACAGGAGAUAUAAUGGAUCGGUCUGGUAAGUGGAGGAUCAACGUUGGUUGGGAGAUCAUGCGCGGAAUAAGCAGGAGUAUAGGAGUCAACAUUGAGGAGUGGCUUGUUGAAUAA